AUGGACGUGGAAAACGCGCAAAUUCUAAAGCCAAAAUAUAAAAAGUUUAAGAAACUUAAACUGUACAAAUUAGCGAAUUCCUUUGAACCAAAAGAUGCCAAAUGGUACCUUAACUUUUGCGGGAUCCAACUUCACCGUAAAGAGAUCUACACAUCGUUAUCUCUUAUUGUUUCUGUAGUUUUGUUCGCUAUUCUGGUGAAUGAUUUUAUUGCAGUGUUGACGGUGGAGACCCCGGAGAACAAUUCUCAUGGCUUCACAUUCUUAAUAUUGAUAUCACACUGCAUAGCCUUUGUCAUGUCCAUUCUUGGUGUCAUGUACCACAGUCUUGCUGAGAAGAUAACGGGAGUCUAUGUCGGGAUGAUUUCGACAGCUUUCAGCAUGCUACUAUUCAUAGUUAGAAUUAUCUUCGAGUUAGUCUUUUUGGAAUUCCGCCCAGAAGAGCUGUCCCAUUCAUCAUAA